AUGCAUAUUCCCGUAGAGCCGCCCACCACCAGACGGUUCACGCCGCCCUCCACGUCCUUCACCUGUAGUAAACUCGUUGACGGCAACGGGGCCAUGGCCACCCCGGGGCCGCUCAGGGCGAGACCCGACACCAGGAAUGUGGUGGACGUCCUUGCGGACCACGCCGGCGAGCUGGUCCGGACUGACAGCCCCAACUUUCUUUGCUCAGUCCUGCCGUCUCACUGGAGGUGCAACAAGACUCUGCCCGUGGCUUUCAAGGUUGUGGCUCUCGGUGAUGUCCCUGACGGCACUCUGGUCACCGUCAUGGCUGGGAACGACGAGAACUACUCGGCCGAGCUGAGGAACGCCUCCGCCGUAAUGAAGAAUCAAGUGGCCCGCUUCAAUGACCUGCGCUUCGUUGGGAGAAGCGGACGAGGAAAAAGCUUCACUCUGACCAUCACUGUUUUCACCGGACCGCCUCAAGUGGCCACUUACCACCGAGCCAUCAAGGUCACUGUAGAUGGGCCACGUGAACCACGCAGGCACAGAGUGAAAAUGGAAGACUCCCAGAAGCAAUUUUCAGACAGGCUGUCAGAGAUCGAGCGCUACCAGCGAAGCAUGCGGAUAGGUCCAGUCAACAAUAAUCCUCGGCCACUUCCACAAAGCCACCUCAGUACCACACCAGCUCUGUGGCAAGAUCAGAUGGACCCUCCUUCUCUGAAGACAUGCAAGGUGGAAGAGGACCUCAGACCAUGGCCAGGGACAACUGAUCUAUUCCAACAGAGGACCACCUUCCCAUCUCCACUGACUGAUCCACGCUUCUCAGACCCCCGCAUACAUUACCCAGGAGCCUUCCCUUACUCCACCAACACUUCCAGCACCGGCAUCAGCGGCCUUAGCAUGUCGGCUCCAACUAGAUACCACACCUACCUGCCGCCUCCCUACUCAAACAACCAGAGCCAGAACUUCCAAUCCAACUCCUACUUGUAUUACGGCACAGGAUCUGGGUCCUACCAGUUCUCCAUGGUGGCAAACGCCGGGGGCGAGCGCUCCCCCACCCGUCUCCUCUCCUGCUCGGGGGCCUCGGGCACCGGUGGCACAAACAGUCUGAUGAACCCUGGCCUGAACGCCCAGAGCGAGGGCGUCGAGGCUGAUGGCAGUCACAGCAAUUCCCCCACAGCCAUGAGCGCCUCGGGCCGCCUCGAUGAAUCCGUCUGGAGACCUUACUGA